GUGAUAAGAAACUCGUAUCCAACUCAGAGGAAAAUAUUCUUGAUGGCCGCUACCCAAAAUGCACCAAAGACCUCAGCGGAAUUGGAGAAGUUGUUACACUUUGAUAUAAAGGUGAAGGUUGCAGGUAAGAUAUGGAUGGAGUACUCCGUGGAAAGUUCAUGUCGAAAGAGAAGUUCUUGAGUGCGGUAUCGUCAGAUGGAUUUGGCUUCUGCAGCGUCAUAUUUGGAUGGGAUAUCCAUGACACAGUUUAUUCUCGGGAACUGCUUAUAUCCAACAGAACAAAUGGCUAUCGCGAUAUAAUUGCAACGAUAGAUUUGUCCACCUUUCGCCGGAUCCCUUGGGAGAAUGAUGUGCCCUUCUUCCUGAUAUAUUUCCUUGACCCGGAAACCAAACAGCCACUCUGUGUGGACCCGCGAAGUGUCUUGAGGAGAGCCACAGAAAAGGCGAAAGCCGUAGGUUUGAAAUGUAUCGCAGGUGCCGAAUAUGAGUACUUCAACUUCAAAGAGACUCCAGGUUCGGCGGCUGAAAAGAAGUUCACGGACCUGCAACCACUGACACCCGGCAUGCACGGGUACUCACUGCUCCGCACACAGUUGAAUAACGAGUAUUUCCAUGAGCUGUUUGACGAAGGCGCUAAGUUCGGAGUGGACAUAGAAGGACAUCACACUGAAACAGGCCCAGGCGUUUAUGAGACCGCGUUGGCGUACACGUCUGCGCUAAGGAUGGCUGAUAAUGCCAUACUAUUCAAGUUCCUGGCAAAGAGCAUCGGUAUGCGACGAGGAGUCAUACCAAGUUUUAUGGCUAAACCUUGGGGAAAUCUUCCAGGCUGUAGCGGACAUGUGCAUGUAUCAUUGCGAGACGCUUCAGGACGCAAUGCUUUCGCUGUAUCCGGUGCUGAACUGAAGACAGGCAGAAGUGGUGCUGCAUACAAAGACACUGAAUUCAUCAGUCAAGAGGCGGAAUGGUUUCUUGCUGGAAUAUUGGACGGUAUAGCCGAUGUCAUGCCGAUGCUUGUCCCGACGAUCAAUGGCUACAAACGUCUGGUGGGCGGAGAGGCAUACUGGGCCCCAAAUGCAAUAACAUAUGGCUAUGAUUCUCGUGCAGCAUCUGUUCGCAUUAUUUCUCCCCCGUCUGUUCCUCCUACAGCAACUAGAUUCGAAGUGAGGGUUCCUGGAGCCGACAUGAACCCAUAUUUUGCGCUUAGCGCUAUUUUCUUACUGGGACUGAGAGGAAUUGAAAAGAAGAUGAAAUUACCGGGACCACCCCUCAGUCACUUCACGCCAGAGGAUAAGAAGAAGGGCAAGAUUGCCAUGCUGCCCACUUCUUUAGAGGAGGCUACGAGGAGAAUGAUGAGAGCUGACAGCAUCGCUCGCGAUGAACAAGUUUUUGGGGAUGACUUUGUAGAGCAUUUCGGUGGCACAAGGGAACACGAAGUGAAGACGUGGAACGAAGCAGUCACCAACUGGGAAGUCGAACGAUACCUGGAACUGGCGUAGAUUGGUGUUGUACAUCCGUAUUGUCCAUACGUCCGAUUCAUUCAUAUCCUUGGAAGUGUAAUCAUACAAACCUGUCUACUGUUCACCAUAACUGUCUCUAAUUAUCACAUAUUCUGAGUACCAUUUCUUU